AUGAGAGAGCGCUGUGAGUUGUUGAACGCCGCGGUGUUGCGCUUGGAGCGGAGCUCGCGGAGUGUCGAGGUGCUCAGCAGCAAUGAGGCGCACACGCUCACGGAGGACUUGUGCGACCUGGCCAAGAGAUGGCCGGAAGAAGAGCAGGAAGAGGACGAUGCCAGCUAUGAAGCUGAGGCACCUAUCUUUCUAAGGCUGGAGGAGGUUUUGGUGAAAUUGCCUUCAGAAGCUCAAGAGAAGAUUGUUGCUGCCUUCCGUCCACUGAGGGCUGAAGUCUCCCGACGCCUGGCAGAGUGGACCAAUGAAAUCAAUGAUUGGCUCAGUGAUGCGGGAUCUCCAAACAGUUCAAACACUCUUCAGACAACUUCAGAGCUCUUGGAGCUGCUUCGUGAGAUUGAAGCCUCUCCCCAGCUCCGCUGGUAUCGUCAAUGCCGCAAGUCCAGGGUAAAAGCCAAGUUCUUGAUGGCAGUGGCUAGCUUUGUUAGAGCGGUUCUUCAAAAGAGCCCAUUGGUCAAGUCAUGGUUAGAUCAGAUUCCCGAUCUCACUUCUUUGGUGAGAAAGAUUGAGAAGCAGCUUUUUGUGCUGCCUGGCUUGGGAAACAUUUUGGAGACCUGGCAUGAAGGGCGCCUACAAUGUUACAAUGCAACGCUCUCGUUGGCAGCACAGCGUGCAGCAGAUAAGAUGCGAGAUGAUUUGCAAGUAUCCUUGGUCUCAGCGGUGAAGAGAUCUACUACAGCGCCAAGUGAUGAUGGCAAGGCGAAGGUUGCCUUGCAAAUACAACUUCGAGAAUGGCCCAUGUCUGGAUGCCCAUUAGCUCGUGCCUUGUUGGAGUUUCUGAAAUCCCAUGCCCUUGAAUUAGGGGAUUUGGGCCGUCCCAGUCUGCGCGAGUGUCCACCGCAUUCAUUGCAACCUACAACGCUUCAAAAGCUUUUGUCUCGCUUGGAUGCCUUUGAUCUUGGAGGCCCACCCGGCCUAGUGCGACUGAGAUUUGAAGCGGUAGCGGCAUUGGCAUACAAAGCCGUGGGCACCAAGCCAAAAGCUGGAGCAGCAGUUCCACCAAAGUCGCUGAACACGGGAAGCCCAACUGGCACUCCAUCUCCCACAAACGUGCCUUUGCCCACUGAGAUAAGCAUUGACUACAAUGAUGUCUCCUCAAUGUCGCGCCUCAUUCGUAGAGGUUUGCAUGCAGAUGAUGAAGAAUGGCGACAAGCUUGGGAACAGUUCUGCUGGAAGAAGAACAUACCAUCAAGAUUGUCUAGAGGGAGUGCUGCUCCUCCCAAGGAGAUGUUGGCAACUUUUGUGGAGAGCAACAUCCACAGGAUUCAACGGGCACCCUGGGCUCGAAUGGUUUCUGAAGAUGCCAGGGUGGCCUCUCGAUCGAGAGAGGUGCUCGAGCCGAGACGAGGGAGACGAGAAAUGAGACACGAGGACCGCGCUGACCGCGCUGAUCGUGCUGAUCGCGCUGAUCGCGCUGACCAUGCAUCUAAUGAGUCUGACUACUACAGCAGUUUCUCUGAGUCACGUUCUCGACGUCGAAAAAAGAGACGUCGUGAGAAGAAGUACCGGGAGUUCUUCAACUCCAAGCGCAUGACCCCUGAGGUUAUGAUGAUGAGGGCUCAGAUGAUGGGAGUAUCAAUGGUGAUGAACAGUCCAUUGGCUAUGAUGGGCAUGCGGAACCCCAUGAUGAUCCCGCCCAUGAUGGGCUCCCAAGGCUCAGAAAGGAGAGAUUCCCGCAGCUGGCGUGGCCAGAUGCCGCCCCCGCCUGCGCGGCAGUCGACGCAGUCAGCGCCCAAGCCCCCACCUGGUCCACCUCCACCGGCUCCACCGCCUCAAGGUGCCAACUCGACACCCUCGACUUCCACCACGACACCUGCGAGGAGUUCAAAGCCAGGGAAGGCAGGAUCACGCAAGCAGGAGUCCAUUGAUAUGGACGACCUGUGA